UUGAGACAGGAUAGCAACGGAUAUGAGGAGGAUGGCUGUCCAUCGCAACCUUUUAAAAUAAAAUGUAUUUUGUUGAUGCUCGGUUAUCGUGGUGGGAAAAUGCAUCUAGUGGACAUCACAUAAAGCACUGGAAUGGAUAAAUGAAUUUUGAGCUCCUUGGUAUUUGCAUAUGUGAACUUUGGAACUGAAAGAUGGUCGGUAUUAUCAAAAUUUCAGUUGGCAGUACGCAGGCCGUGAACUUCAUUUGCUUAGACAUUAAUUAGUGUUGUUUUACAAUAGGAUUUAUUAUUUCGAACGACUUUUAAGAAUGGAAGAAGUGUAUGUCAUCCGACUACGUGGUGUACCUUCCACAUCUACAUCUGAAACUUCUGCAUCCUCCGUUGACACCAACGACCUCAUCCGUGGCUCCGUCCUAGGUCUGGGCGUUUUGCAUGUUAUAUUUGGCCUGCUGGUGGUGGUCUUUGGCGUUCUACGGACAUCUGUUGAGGAUGAACCUGCUGCCACAGUUUUUGGCACAAUCUUUGGACCCUUUUUCGUGGCCACAGGUGUAUCUGCCUUCUUAUCGUGGAGGCGACCUUUCAGGAAGCUUAAAAUGAAAGUAUUUUUCUUCAUGGCAGCACUGUCUUUACUAAGUUCGACUGCCUUUCUUGGUAUAUGCCUCCUGGGGAUUGUUUAUUACCACAGUGUGCCAAGAGUUUUCGGUGACACGCCACACAUUACAGCUAAUGCCAUCGUCGCCACAAUGGGCGAGAUGAUUGUUGCCUUGCUAUCGGUUCUAACAGCUGGUGGUGCCGUGUGGAAAUUCUGGCAAUGUGGUGCCUUCAGCCCGGCCACUGUCCACCAAAAGUCUGGUAGACAGAAGGUGAUUGUAAAAACAGACAUUGUAGGUGGACAGUCUAUGGAAGGUGUUCUUGAUGACGACAUGAUACGACACGUUAGUCCACAUUGUGUCAUAUCUCUGCGAGCUAACGAUGGCCAGAGAGAAGUUAUCAAAAAAGUGCAAGAUUACUUGCACUCACAAGACGAGCUUAGUUUCACGUUUUCUGACCCCAGCAGUUUACAUGAUGAGCAGGACUUGGGUGUUGAUUCACAAAACUGGAGGAAUGAAGUCAUGGCAGUGACUUCAAGUCAAGAAGCGGAGUUUGAUGACCAAAAUGUCGUUGAAAAAAUUGACGAAAAUAUAAAACAAACUGAAUCUGUGAAACAGACUUAGUUAUGGACUUUGUAGAAAACUCAUUUCUACUCUAACCUGUGGAUUACGUUUUAAGUGUGAAUUGUCUGUGGAAAUGUCAGAAAAGACCAUAAAGUCAAUAUAUUUUUCAGGCCAUAUUACUGAUACUGUACUGUUCGUGUGUUGUGAUAACCUUGCGUUUUUAGUCAAAUAAAGAAUUUUUAAAUACUGUA